UUUAAAUUUCAGCUGAGUGAAGAAAACUAUCCAAAUGCUAAGGAUUUGGAUAAGUAUCUAAAUAAGAGUGGUCUGAAAUUGGAAUACAACUCUACCUUCAAAAAUGCCAUCAGCUUUAACAAGAGUGUUGUUCAUGUCCCUACAGAUGUCUAUAAUGGAGCUUCAGAGAUUGUCAAUGGAAUCAGCUGGACAUCAGCUCUGGAUACUGUGUUUGAUGACAACCGACAUGACGACCCAAGCUUGUCUUGGCAAUACUUUGGUUCAGAUAAGGGAUUUAUGAGAACAUAUCCUGCCAAACGCUGGGACAAUAACAAUCCAAAUCAUGUUGAUUUAUAUGAUGCCAGGAGACGACCUUGGUAUAUUCAAGGAGCGACGUCCCCUAAGAAUAUUAUCAUUCUUAUUGAUGCAAGUGGAAGUAUGCAUGGAGUGCCCAUGAGAAUUGCAAAAUUAUCAGCUCAGAAUCUUAUUGACACCUUUGGAGAUAAUGACUUCUUUAAUGUUGUUUAUGUGAGUACAUACCUAAUAAAUAUAUGACUGUGUAAUGCUUUUGUUUUGGGAAUUUUUGCAAGUUCACUGAAAAGUAGUGCUGCCAACUCCUGAAAGGAUUAUUGUAGACCUUGAGACAUGAUCGCCUAAUAGUAAGCCACUCCUGAUUGAGCGGUCCAGGUUCGAGUCCUGGCCUGGGAGCGGGAGAGGGGUGGUUUUUAAAAAGAAGGUCAAAGCCUACUUUUCUUCUUUGGGCUCGAACACUGCAUAUCAUAUAAAAACCAGUUGUUUUUGGUACCUUAUAUUCAAUGUAUAUUUAACAAUUAGAUUAUGAGCUCGAGAUUUCCAUUGAACAAUUAGAUUAUGAGCUCAAGAUUUCUAU